AUGCCCUUCUUUUCUCCCAGUACGCUUUCCUUUAUUGGGGCAUUCACAUGUCGGUAUUUGCAGAAAGAAAGAAGAAAUGAUUGUGUUUUAGGUACCUUGACGUUUUCAACAGCAGCUCCAGCUGCAACAGCGUCUGCAAGGCAUGUCGACCACCGGGGAAGUGGCAGCAGGCGGCUUUUUGAAGAGGAUGGGCUCCGACAGCCCCGCCAGGCCCAGGCAGCAGUUUUGUGGCAUGUUCUGCCCGGUUGAAGGCUCCUUCGACAGCAAGACUUUGGACUUCGAUGCGCUUACUGCCUGCAGAGGCAAGCGAGACAGUCGAGUCAUUGACCGGCAGAGCGACAUCACCCAGCCUAAAAAGGUGGAGAUCAAGGAAAGCACAGGCAAGGAGGCUCUGCAGAAUCUGGACGAUGGCAAGAGUGAUCGUCUCCUAAUCAAAGGAGCCAAGAUCGUCAACGAUGACCAGUCCUUCUGCGCCGACAUUUAUAUGGAGGAUGGCGUUAUCAAACAAAUUGGCGAGAACCUCAUCGUGCCCGGCGGGGUGAAAACCAUCGACGCCCACGGCCGUAUGUUGAUGCCAGGCGGGAUCGACGUGCACACGCGCUUCCAGAUGCCCGAUCGAGGCAUGACGUCGGCUGAUGAUUUCUACCAGGGCACCAAAGCCGCCCUGGCGGGGGGCACCACCAUGAUCAUCGACCACGUGAUGCCCGAGCCCGGCGCCGGUCUCGUCUCGGCCUUCGAGCAGUGGCGCGAGUGGGCCGACAGCAAGUCGUGCUGCGACUACUCGCUGCACAUGGACAUCACCGAGUGGCACAGAGGCAUGCAGGAGGAGAUGGAAGCUCUGGUGAAGGAUCACGGCAUCAACUCUUUCCUGGUCUACCUGGCUUACAAGGAUCUUUUCCAGCUAACUGACACUCAGGUAUACGAAGUGUUUAGCGUGAUCCGUGAUCUCGGAGCCAUCGCUCAGGUGCACGCUGAAAACGGAGACAUCGUCGCCGAGGAACAACGCAGGAUCCUCGAGCAGGGCAUCAACGGUCCCGAGGGACACGUGCUGAGCCGUCCCGAGGAGGUGGAGGCGGAGGCGGUAAAUCGCUCGGUGACGGUGGCCAAUCAGACCAACUGCCCUCUGUACGUCACCAAGGUGAUGAGCAAGAGUGCCGCUGAUGUCAUCGCUCAAGCCAGGAAGAAGGGCACGGUGGUCUACGGCGAGCCCAUCACCGCCAGCCUGGGAACGGACGGCUCCCACUACUGGAGCAAGAACUGGGCCAAGGCGGCGGCUUACGUCACCUCGCCGCCGCUCAGCCCCGACCCGACCACGCCGGACUAUCUCAACUCCUUGCUCUCUUGCGGCGACCUGCAGGUGACAGGAAGUGCACAUUGUCCCUUCAACACUGCCCAGCGCGCUGUGGGCAAGGAUGACUUCAGCUUGAUUCCUGAAGGGGUCAACGGGACAGAAGAGAGGAUGUCCAUUAUCUGGGAUAAGUGCGUGGUGACUGGCAAGAUGGAUGAAAACCAGUUUGUGGCGGUGACCAGCACCAACGCGGCCAAGAUCUUCAACCUGUACCCCCGGAAGGGUCGUAUUUCUGUGGGUUCGGAUGCUGACCUGGUUCUGUGGGACCCCGACGUCACUAAGAUCAUUUCUGCCAAGAGCCACAACUCGAAUGUGGAGUACAACAUCUUUGAAGGAACAGAAGUCCGGGGGGGCCCUCUGGUGGUGAUCAGCCAAGGCAAGAUUGUCUUGGAGGAAGGAAACCUUCACACCACAGAAGGUUCCGGACGCUUCGUGGCCCGCAAACCGUUCCCGGACUACGUCUACAAGAGGAUAAAAGCUCGCAGCAGGCUGGCCGAGUUGAGGGGUGUACCCAGGGGACUGUACGACGGUCCGGUUUGCGAGGUAUCGGUCACCCCUAAAGCCAUGACGCCCGCUUCGUCUGCCAAGACGUCACCUGCAAAGCAGCCCAACCAGCAACCGGUCAGGAAUCUGCAUCAAUCUGGCUUCAGCCUUUCUGGCGCUCAAGUGGAUGACAACAUUCCUCGCCGCAACACCCAGCGCAUUGUGGCGCCCCCUGGUGGCAGAGCUAACAUCACCAGCCUGGGGUAGCGCAAACCAGAUCCUCAAGGACAUGGUUCAAAACAAAAAUGUCUGCCUCAUGAAGUCAAACAACCACUCUUUUUUUUACUGUUCUUCCUCCUUUUGAGACACUUUUUUUUUUUUUUAAGUUGAGACCAGCAUGUGUGUUUCAUCACCACUCAACAUUUAAUCGAUAAUUCACCCACAUGGCUGUCUUAAAUUAAAAAAAAAAAAAAGAUGUCAUCUUUGCUGACGUCCAAACUACCGACGGUCGUUGUAAAUGUAGCUUUAUGCAAAUGAAGGCCAAUUAAGCCUUCUUGUCACGCCUUCACGUGGUCUCAUUGAAAUCUCCAAACCGUCCAUCGCCAACAUGUGCAUUUUCACACCGAAUGUUUUCACUCUUCUCAGCUUUCCGUUCUUAAUCUUUAUGUGCCUGAAUCCGCAGAAGGUGUAUCAUUGUUUUGUCAAGGAUGUAAGAUAAAAAGGAGGUGUAAAAUAGCGAGGAUGAACCGAUUCAAAGGUGCCACUUUUCGUUCAGGCCUCUCGAGCCCGUGUAAAGAUGAUUUUUUUUUGGUUGUUGUUGUUGAACUGCUCUUUAGUGUCAAUUUGUAACUAGUUGCUGAACGGCAGAGCACGUUGUUUUGCGCUUGAAAGUGGCGGCGACCUGACCUGAUGAUGCCGUGCGUUGUUUGUGGGACUCGUGUGCCGUGUGGAUGUCAGAGGGAUGCCGUCGUCCUCCCAAUCCCCCAUUUACUGUCUUUCUCCAACUUUAGGGUGUUGGUGGCUGUUGCCAUGCCGACGGAGCUCUCCUCGACACACAUCCCUCCUUGCGCAUAACACACGUAAACCACGCAACUGUACUUUUCCAGAAAGGCCGCUCAGCCCGAGUUCUAACGCUGUACCGUAUUAUGCUAAUCUUCUAAAAGUGAUGUUUGCAAUGUGCUGCAGUGAAACUCUGUGAUGAUGUUUGUCCUGGUUGCUAUGGGGGGGAUUCUGGGAUGCUUGCUCACUAUGGAAAACAAGGACUUCAAGGCAUUAAAGAAAAAAGAUGAAACCAAAA